AUGGGCAAGCCAAAGAGGCAACCUGCCGGCAAGGCUCGACAGCCAGCGUCCUUGAAUCCGCAGUCAUUUUCGAAUCUCACAGCCAAGAUCGAGGGAAAACUAGGCAAAGCUACCAAAGACAACUCAACCGACAACAAGAAGCGCAAACAUAUCGACGAGCAAUUGGAGAGCUCGCACCAACGGAAAAAGCACGCCCAUCGUCGCGACAAGUCCACGAGCGGGCGUGACGGGAUUACGACUGAGGUGAAGGGCAAGAAGGGCGCGCCCCUCAACCGCGAGGAUCUUCUAGAGGAGAUCAGGGCCUUGGGAGGAGACGAAGAGGACCUGAAGCUCAUUGGAGACAUUGAUUCGGACGACGAAGACGCCACUGGGGAAGCCAACUCCGUCGCUACUGUUGACGGAAAACUUCAGAAUGAGCUUGCUGCUUUCGCAGCUCAGCUAGGCCUCCAACGACAUCAUGAAGCAGCAACAGCCCAGGAUGCAGAAGAAUUCCCGGAGGAGGAGGAGGAGGGGGAGGAGGAGACAGAGGAGCAUGAAGUGAGCGAGGCAGACGAAGUUGGUGAAGGCGAUGACCAGUCAGCCCAGGAAGACACAGCUUCCGAGGUCCAUGCACCGCAACAACUUCCCCGUAAGGAUGUCAAAGAUACGUUCAAGAAGCAGUUCAAAUUCGAACCUCGUGCUGAUUGGCACGGCGCGGAACUGAGCCAGCUCCCAGACCCUACGUCUCCCGAAGUGAAUGGUUUCCUUGGCGCCAUCAAUGCUCUCAGAGCUCAUGCAGUCACUCUUCUGGAGGCGGACGCGGCAGCGUACAACAAGAGCGUUUUGGCAUCAUCCUCUCGAAAGUUCCUCUCCACCAUCAUGUCUUCCGGAACGCUCUCCGACAAAGUUUCUGCUCUCACCUUGGCAAUUCAAGAAUCACCGCUGCACAACGUCAAGGCUUUUGAGUCACUCCUAGGCCUUGCAUCCAAAAGGAGUCGUGCUCAGGCCAUUGGUGCUCUUGGUGCUCUGGUCGAUCUCCUCGGUCCAGGCCUAGUUCUACCCCCUAAUAGGAGACUGCGCGCCUUUCAGACUCAACCUGGUCUCAUUGGAGCUCUACAGCGAUCCUCUGUCAAGAAUUGGAACUCUAGCCAAGCCUUACCGGGUCGCUUAACGGAUGCACACCUCAUCCAGUGGGCUUACGAGGACUGGCUCAAGACAUCAUACUUCAAGAUCAUCCAGCUCCUUGAGGUCUGGUGCAAUGAUGAGAUUGAAUACUCUCGCACCCGUUCUAUCGACUUUGUCUACGGCCUGCUCAAGGACAAGCCCGAGCAAGAGACCAAUUUGCUCAGGUUGUUGGUUAACAAGAUGGGCGACAAGGACCGCAAGAUUGCCUCGAGAGUUUCCUACCUUCUUCUCCAGCUCCAGAACACCCACCCCGGAAUGAAGCAGGUUGUGAUCAAGGGCAUAGAGCAGGAAGUUCUACUCCGACCAGGCCAAACCUUCAGGGCUAAGUACCACGCCACGAACACUCUGAAUCAGACGAUACUGAGCAACCGCGAAGGUGGCACGGCAGAGGCACUGCUCCGCAUUUAUUUUGAGAUUUUCGUUACUCUUCUCAACAGUUCCGCACUUGGCAAAGCACCUGCUGAAAGUCAACAGGAUCGUUCUUCCAAGGAGACUGGCGUUACAACGGAGACAGCCGAUAAGCUGGUCACCGCAGUAUUGACAGGUAUCAACCGCGCUGUGCCGUUCGUAGCCGAACAUGACCCCAUCCUCGAAUCCCAAAUGGACACCCUUUUCCGCAUUGCGCACUCAACGAACUUCAACACGAGCAUUCAGGCGCUGAUUCUCAUCCAGCAAAUAUCCGUGUCAAGACACUUGGCUUCCGAUAGAUUCUACAGAACGUUGUACGAAUCCUUGUUGGAUCCGCGACUUGCCAACUCCUCUAAACAAGCCCUUUACCUGAACCUGAUUCUGAAGUCUCUCAAGGCCGAUGUUGACACGAGGCGAAUCAAGGCCUUUGCGAAGAGAAUGUUGCAGAUUCUCAACUUGCACCAGCCUGCUUUCGUCUGUGGCUUGAUAUAUGUGGUGUUCCAACUGCGGACCCAGUUCCCCGACCUUAGAGCACUUCUUGAAGAACCAGAGGAUAACGACACAGAAGAGGCCACUAGCCAGCCCUCGGCAGAGGAUCAGAACACAUCUGUGUCUAGAGGAAGUGUGUACGACGGCCGCAAAAGAAACCCAGAGCAUAGCAAUGCUCAAAACAGCUGUCUCUGGGAAAUUAUACCACCCCUCACUCACUUCCACCCGUCCGUGUCUCUACUAGCCGCAAGUCUGUUCUCAAAUGAGAAGCAGAUGGCCAAGCCUGACUUGGAGAGCCAUAGCUUGAUCAGAUUCCUCGACAAAUUUGUGUACCGCAGCCCGAAGGCGGCAGAGACUGCCAGGGGAGCAUCAAUCAUGCAGCCGGUCCGCAAUCCCGAUUCUGGUAGCAUCUGGCUCGCGAAGAGAACUGGCUCAGGCGCAGCUGCGCCAAUUAACACGCCUAAAUUCUGGAACAAGAAGGUAGACCAGGUCGCAGCGGAGGAUAUCUUCUUCCACGAAUACUUCAAGCAAGCGGGCAAGAAGGUCGAGGGUGGUAAGAAGAUCACUGAACAAUCGUCAUCUGGACAAGACGAGGUCAGUGUCGAGGACGACGCCGAGCAAGAGGAUGAGAUCUGGAAGGCCCUGACUGCCUCGCAUCCCGAUGGUCCAAUCGAGAGUGACGAUGACGACCUUGACAUGGAUGGAUUCGACGACAGCGAUGAAGAGUCUGAUGGCGGCGUCGUUUUCUCUGACGGCUCCGACGCCGAACUUUCGGAUGGUGACGAAGAUGACGAAGACGACAAAGAUGCUAGCGAGCUUCAUGGCGAGGAAGGAGACGACGAUGAGGCGAUGGAGGAUGAGGAGAGCCCUGAGUUAUCUGCAGUACCUGGAGAGGCCGAGGAAACUAGCCAGAAGAGCAAGAGCGCCGCCCGAUCAUCCAGGAGGAAACUCAAGGACUUGCCUAUGUUUGCGUCGGCAGAUGAUUAUGCCGAGCUCUUGGCGGCAGAGGAAGAGGACAUGUAA